AUGAAGUUCCUCAUUCUGUGUGCUUUGAUAGUUGCUAGCUGCCUGAUUAGCAGCAGUUGGACAGCGCCUGUGGAGCUGGAGAGCGAACCACUCAACUUACUCGAUGUGGACUUGGAUGUGGAGCAGCAGGCGCCACAGCCGGAGAACGAGCGUGUGGCACGUGGCUUAGGACUUGGAGGCUUUGGCGGACUGGGUGGACUGGGCGGCAAAUUUGGCGGCUUUGGCGGCUUGGGUCUUGGUCAUGGCUUUGGUGGUGGAUUUGGUGGACAUGGCCUUGGUGGUGGCUUUGGCGGUCAUGGCUUUGGCGGUGGACUUGGCGGCUUCAAGGGACUCUUCAAUAAGCAUUUCUAA